AUGGCCAGAGUGGAGGUCGCUGAUGCGGAUACCUACCGCACACUUCUUGAGUCGCAGGGUGUUCGUCUUGACGCCCCGGAACUCGAUGAGACCUUCCAGGAGCUUUCCCUCAAAAACCAGGAAGUAAACCUUACGGAAUCUCACCUUGAAACACGCCAAUUCAGUUGCAGCCAAACCCAGGCCAUGGUUACAGACAAGACCUACGACUUCAUCGGCUGGGACGUUCAGAUGUCUCCUGUUUAUGGACAAGGCGAUGCUACCAUUUACAGCGGCUACACAACCUCCAACACCAUUUCGGUCAACGGUAACGUUGAUCUCACUUGGGCCAAAGACGCGGCUAAGAGUCUGUUUGGCAUCAACUAUAGCCGCCAGUGGACCACGUCGUCUCAACUUACAUUCAAGGGAACCGUUACUAAGGGAAACCAUGGUACUAUAAUAACAAGGCCCCGUAAGACUCGCCGCAUCGGUAGAGUUAUGUCUGGCUGCCCCGGAUCUUUCACCCAAAUUGGGACCUUUCAGGCCGAUUCUCACCUCACUGGAAGUUACAAAGGUAUCGACUGGGUUAGCGGCUCUAUCGAAUUAUGCCAGAAGCCGCAGUUCCCUCUCACCCUUUGUCAUGGACCCGGUACUUUCAUCUGA